AUGGGUGUAACGGUUCAACGAGUUUUAAAUGACAUUCGAAAUUCUGCUACUUUAAUUGAUUUUAAAAGAAUCCAUUUAUUAGAAAAACGAGAUUUACAUAAUAUUAAACGUGAUUUUAAAAUUGAUAAUUAUUCUACAAAAAUGAAUGAAAAUGAUUUUGUUAGUGUUCGCCUGUGUGUAGAGAAAAUAAAAGAAAAAGGUGAGACAAAUCCAGUGUUAUAUUUUAAGCAUCAAGGAGAAGAUUCCACAACACAUUUGAUUCGGGAUGAUUUUUGUUUAAUUUUAAUGACUGAAUACCAAGCUGAAAUGUUAAAAAAAUUUGGAUGUGAUAAAAUAUGUAUAGACGGAACACAUGGUUUAAACAGUUAUAACUUUCAGUUGUAUACUUUACUUGUAGUAGACAAUUAUGGAAAUGGUUUUCCUGUUGAAUUUUGUUUUACAAAUAAAUCAGAUACAUCUACAUAUAAAUUAUUUUUUGAAUGCAUCCAGCGUGUAGUAGGACUUAUCAAAGAAAAUGUUUUUAUGUCUGACGAUGAACCUGCAUUUUACAACGCAUGGCAAUCUAUUAUGGGUCCGGUUUCUAAACAACUAUUAUGUACUUGGCCCGUACUAAAAAAUUGGAAUAAAAACCUUUCCAAAAUUCACUCACAAGAAAAAAAAUCAAUGGUGUAUAAAUCGUUAAAAUCUUUAAUGUACGAAACUGAUGAAAACAAAUUUUACAUAGAAUUAACAAAGGUCAUUGAAGAAUUAAAAAAUAAUACAGAUACUGCAGAUUUUGGUCAAUAUUUUGCGAGCAAUUAUUCCUCAAGAGUUAAAAAUACAUAA